CGCGCGAUCUCCCUGCCUCCCGUCCGAUCGCCCCAGUUAAACAGAGUGCUUCCAGGAUUGCUGCCAGCCUGCCUGUACAGCUUCGUUCGUUCAAGCAUGGAAGACCAGCCAAACGACUCCCCCGUAUGCGCUGCCGAGCAGAGCCAGGAGAACGAGGCGCCCGCGGCUGCCGGCGAGCCCGAAGCAGCGGCAGACGUGUUCAUCUACAGGGAAGACGUUGUUUGCCUGAAAGAAAACGCAGAUGCCCGUGGUUUGGUGAUGGAAGUAGCCGGCGAGUACGAUUCCGAAGGCAGCAUCACCGAUGACGACACUGACACCGAGGAGAAUGAGCGUAAAAGUUCCCACAGAACUGAGAAGGGUGGUGGCGCUGCCGCCGCUGCUGCUGCUGCUGCUGCUGAUGGUGACAACUGCAGCCAUGGGUCUGAUCUUGACAGCCUGCCGGAUAACAAGGUUAGGGUGCAGUGGAUCGAUGGUUCGGAGAUGACGGAAGAUAUCGACAGCGUGGUUGUGGUUGACAGGAGUUUCCUCCAUGGAGACAUGGUUGCUUCGUCCUCUGACCCGACUGGCCAGAUGGGGCUCGUUGCGGAUGUCAGCCUCGUGGUUGAUUUGAAAAGUGCUCGUGGGGAUAUUGUUAAGGGUGUGUCUGCCAAGGAUCUGAGGCGCAUCAGGGAGUUCAAUGUGGGCGACUAUGUUGUCAAUGGCCUGUGGCUUGGUCGAGUUGAUGAGGUGUUUGAUAAUAUCACUGUGUUGUUUGAGGAUGGUGCUGUUUGCAAGGUUUCAAGGGCAGACCCAAUGCGCCUAAAGAAGGUUACGGGGCCAUUGCAUCCAGAUGUAGCAUGCCCCUUUUAUCCAGGACAGCGUGUGAAGGCGGCCUCUUCGUCUGUGUACAAAACAUCCAGAUGGCUCCAUGGAAUAUGGAAAGCAAGCCGGAUGGAUGCUACUGUCAUAAAGGUGGAAACUGCUGCAGUCAUUGUCUAUUGGAUUGCGUCUGCACACUGUGGUACAAAUCAGGAAUCUGUUCCUCCCGAGGAGCAGAACCCAAAGGAUCUGACUCUCCUGUCUUGUUUUUCAUAUGCAAACUGGCAAUUGACUGAGUGGUGCUUUCCUAACACAUGCACAUCAUCAUGUACCAAUGCUGCUUUAACGGAAUGUUCAAAAGCGAAAGAGCUAAAUUCCGAGCACUCCUGUCUAACAUCUGAUACACCUGAAUCUUCCAUUGAUGUUCAGGAUGAAAAUAGUAAAACAGAUGCAAAUCCCGGGCAAAAAGAUGGUGAUUGUCCUGCUGAUCAACCAAAUAUCUCCGAUGGAGAUAAUGCAACUGUAACCAAAGACUCAGAAUCAGGCACUAGUGUACCAACCGCUCCGAAGGAGGGAGUGCAGGAUAAUGCAACUUACAGAAAAAAGAGUAGAAAACUUAUUUUUAAAAAGGAGCAUAAAAGAACAAAAAGAAGAGAUGAGAUCUUUGAAAGAGCCCUGCUGAUCGCAGACACGCAUACUAAGGUUGAUGUCAUAUGGCAAGAUGGGACAAAAGAAUAUGGAGUAAGUUCCAUCUCACUGAUCCCGAUCCAGAGUCCAAAUGAUCAUGACUUCUUCCCAGAGCAGUACGCUGUGGACAAGGUAUCUGAUGAUUUUGACGGAUCGUCUGAAGCAAGGCGUGCGGGUCUUGUUAAAAGUGUUAAUGCAAAGGACAGAACUGUAUCUGUGACGUGGUUUAAGCCUUCAUUGCACUCACAGGAGCCUAGGGAAAUUGAGUGUACUGAAAUUGUUAGUGCAUAUGAACUGGAUCCCCACCCAGACUAUGAUUAUUGUUAUGGAGAUGUCGUGGUCCGCUUGCCAUCAGUUUCACAUCCUCUGGAACCAACCAUUAGUGGAAGCACCAUGGAAGUGGACAAUAAUGUAGAUUCGGCAGAAGCGUUGGCUGCUUCAAAUACGGUGCCCUCUGAUGUUGAGGCAGAGCAACAGCUUUCACAAACGGAACCCAGUUCAGAAGUUACCGGCCUUUCCUGGGUUGGAAAUAUAGUGGGUUUCCAAGAUGGUGAGAUUCAAGUCAUUUGGGGUGAUGGGUCGCUGUCAAAGGUUGGGCCUCAUGAGAUAUAUGUUGUUGGCCGAGAAGACGACGGUGCCUCGCUAGAUGAUGGAACUGCCUCUGAUGCUGCUAGCUGGGAGACUGUUGAUGAUAAUGAAAUGGACGUGCCUGAUGAUUCUGCAAAUGAUGAUUCACAAAAUAUAGCCGACAAUAGCAUUCCAAUGGAGAAUGGGUCAUUUGAUUCCCAGGAGGAAAGUUCUGUCGCAAGUGGUCCACUGACUGCUGCUUUUGGCUUUGUAACCCGAAUUGCAAGUGAGCUCUUCGCCCGAGGUAAAAAGCAUUUAGAUGGGUCAAACUCAGAUGCUAUGGAUGAAGUUGAAUCUAAUGAGGUUUCAGAAUCUGGUGAUGAGGACACUGAUAAAAUCGAGGAUGAGAACCACAUCGCGACAUCGGGAUGCACUGCUAUGACAACAAACGACUCUUCUGCUGAGAAGUCUGCAGAUGUGGUUAUGGCUGACGAGCCUGCAGAUUCUGAUUGCUUGAAACAUUUUGACGUUCUGCAGUGCCCUCCAGACCAUCAUUACCUUGAAAACAUAGCACAUGGCACUGGUGGAAGAAAAUGGGUCAAAAAGGUACAGCAGGAAUGGAGUAUACUCGAGAAGAAUCUACCAGAUUAUAUUUAUGUGAGGGUAUUUGAAGAUCGUAUGGAUCUCAUAAGAGCGGUGAUUAUUGGAGCAAGUGGCACACCGUACCAAGAUGGCCUAUUCUUCUUUGACUUCCACCUUCCACCUGAAUUCCCACAAGCCCCUCCGUCGGCGUACUAUCAUUCUGGUGGCUUGCGUGUAAAUCCAAACCUUUACGUGGAUGGGAAGGUUUGUCUGAGCCUCUUAGGUACCUGGAGUGGCAGAGGAAAUGAAGUAUGGGAUCCAUCAUCAUCUAGUAUUCUCCAAGUGCUAGUUUCACUUCAGGGGCUGGUUCUCAAUGAAAAGCCCUAUUUUAAUGAAGCUGGAUAUGAGAAGCAAGUUGGUACUGUUGAAGGGGAGAAGAAUGCACUGCCAUACAAUGAAAACACAUAUCUGCUGAGCGUGAGGUCUAUGCUGUAUAUCUUGAGGCGGCCUCCAAUGCACUUUGAGGAUUUUGUAAAAAAUCACUUCUGCAAGCGAGGACACUACAUUCUGAAAGCUUGUGAGGCUUAUUUGCAAGGAGAUGUGGUUGGCACGCUCAACGAUGAUGCCUGUUCCACUGAUAAGAACAAGGAGUACUCUUGCUCCAUGGGUUUCAAGCUUGCAUUAGGCAAAAUCUUACCACGGCUGGUCACAGCUUUGAAGGACAUCGGAGCUGACUGCAGCCAGUACGAGCACCUCGGGAAAACAGAAGCUGGGAAAACAGAAAGUGUUCAAGAAAGCUGACCACUGAGCCGAGUUGCAUUCAGAUCUUCUUUUGGCUUCAGAAACAUGAUAAACUUCACCCCCACUGUUUUUCAUAUAAUUGUACAUUCAACAUUUGUUGUUUCUAUGUGAACAUUUGGGAAAUGUGGUUCCAAAUGAAUCCGUCUCUUCCAAACUGGGGAAUCGAGGUGCCCUUCACAGUUUAUGUUUUUUUGUUGAGCUUGUGGGGUUAUUAAGGCCAGGCUAGCAUGCAAGAUUUGGUUCGAGCCUAGAAAUUCCAGGAAUAGGGAUGCAAAGCCAACUAAUGGAUCAAGCCAAGCCUAGCCUAGAUAUUCCAGUCACAGUUUACAUACCCUAUUGAAGUUACUGUCCCACUUUAAGUGUUGGUCAACAUUGUAGUUUAAGGUGUUUGUGUGAAGAUUUCAACUUUCAAGAGUGUUUUCGUGGAAGGUAUCUCUGAGAUUUUAUC